AUGUUUUCUUGCUGCUGUGCUGACACCGCCUCUCGUGGCGAAAUACAAAUCGAAGAAAAUCAUGAGGGGGUUGACGGGACCCAGGAGCAUAAGGGAGGAGAUGCAGCAGCAGCAGCAGCAGCACCAGCAGCAGCAGCAGCAGCAGCACCUGCAGCAGCAGCAGCAGAAUCAACAGAAGCAACACCUGCAGCAGCAGCAGCACCAGCACCAGCAGCAGCAGAUGCAGCAGCAAAUGAACACUCUGUAGCAGCAGCAGUAGGAAGAAUUAAAAUAACACCAGCAAAGAAGGACGAGGCACCAGCAAAAAAACCUAUGACUGCCCCUAAAUCGGAUCGCGCAAGGAGAACAUCUGUCCCUCUUGAGAGUCCCUUGGAGGAUGGCAUGUUCUUAAUGUAA